AUGAUUUCAUAGGCAGCAAACCAAUCUGAGUUAUCAAUUUCAAAUUUAUAGAACUAAAUUAUAAAGGAAUUGGAAGUUGAAAAGUGGGAUUAUAAUAAAACAAGACUUGUAAAGACUAAACUCCAAAUCAGAAUUACAUAAGAAAAUAACCUCAUCUACACAAAAUUAGAAGGUGUUAUUUUGAGACAGUAUGUGAUAAAUUAUUAAGUUUUUAUAGAGAACUUUAUUAAGAAAAUUCAAGAAAUUUAGAAGUCUUAAAUAAUAUGGAAUAAAUUGCCUAUCUUCAAUGGCAUGGUGAAUAUGGGAAGAAUUAAAGAAAAGUAGGUAAAUGGUCAGCCACUUGGGAUGGAGAAGCUCUUUAAAAUGUUGGAGGAUACUACAAAGAAGAUUUAAAGGAAGGCUUAUGGAAAGAGCCGAUUAAGAAUUAUUGGAGGUAUGUAAUAUUAGGCAAUACAAACAUAGUUAAGCCAAAGUAUUUGAAAGUGGAGAAUAUUUUCAUAAUCAAAAGAAAGGAAGGUGGAAUAUUACAGAAUAAGACAAAACCAUGUAUUAUUAUUUAACAUUAAAGUGUUGGAGGUGGAUCAUACAAUGAGCUAUCUUAGAAAAUUGGUAAAUGGAUUGAAUUGGAUGAAGGGUUUUAUGACUAAUUAAAAGUAACUUGGGAUGGCGAAUACAAAUAGGAUAAAAAAGUGGGUUGUUGGGAUAUCUUCUAUGAAAAUAUAAAGAUGUAACAAUUUUAAAUAAAAGCUUAUGAUCAUAACAAAUUUUAGUGGCGGUGGGACUUUUGGAGAUGGUGAAGGAAUUAAGUAGGGUAAUUGGGUUGAACUAGGGAAUGGAUUUUCUUAUUGUAGCAGGGUGACAGAAAAUGGAGAGUAUCAUAAAGGUAAAAAGGUCGGCAGAUGGGAUAUGUGGUAUAAGGACUAAGAUAAUAAACAAAACUUUCAAAUGUAAUAUAACUACAAUAUCAAUUGUUUAUGCUGAAGUGGG